CGUAUACUCGUUUGAGUUAACGUCAGUCGUCAGGCAACUCUUGCCAGUGAAACAUAUCUGAGUCAUAGUUUAUCCUUGUAUCAACCCUACAUUGUUCAUACUUGAACAAAAUGGAGGCCUGGGCCAUGAUCUUGGCCUUCGUGGCAGUGUUAUUAAGCAUUUAUUAUUACGUAUUCAAGGAUUUAAGUUAUUUCAAGAAAAUUGGUUUACCAUAUUUGGAACCAUGGCCAUUAUUGGGAAACAUGGGAUCAGCAUUUAUACGUAAGAAAACAAUGGCUGAUAUAGUAUUGGAUGUUUAUAAUCACCAGCCCAAUGCCAAAUAUGUCGGUUUUUUCGAUUUGGGUAAUCCAGUUAUUAUAAUACGUGAUCCGGAAUUAAUAAAAACAAUUGCUGUUAAAAGUUUUGACAAUUUUCCGGAUCAUAGAUCGUUCGUAGACGAAGUACAGGAUCCAUUAUUUGGAAAGAAUUUAUUUUCAUUACGUGGUAACAGGUGGAAGGAAACUAGAACAAUGUUGACACCUGCUUUUACAUUGAGCAAAUUAAAGGGCAUGUUUAAAUUGAUGAACGAAUGCGGUGCCGAUUUUACCGAAUUUUUAUCCAAAAUGCCGGAAGAUAAAAAAACCAUCGAAAUGAAAGACGUAUUUACUAGAUACACCAAUGACGUAAUAGCUACCUGCGCAUUUGGCAUUACCAUUAAUUCUAUGAGAGAUCGUGACAAUAAUUUUUACGUACUCGGUAGAAAGGCAACCAAUUUUGAUGGUAUUGCAUCGUUGAAAUUUUUCUUGAUCAGAAGUUUCCCAUUAUUUACCAAUUUGUUCAAUAUCAAAUUAAUACCAGAACAAAUUGCUGAUUUUUUCAAAAAUGUUGUCAGCGACGUUAUCAAAACUAGAGAAGAAAAUAAUAUCGUAAGAGCCGACGUGAUACAAUUGAUGAUGGAAGCUAGAAAAAAGAGAGCAGAAAUGGGACAAGAAUUAUCAAUGAUGGAUAUUGUUGCACAAGCAUUUAUUUUCUUCUUUGGUGGUUUUGACAGUGUAUCAACGGCAAUGUGUUUCACAUGUCACGAGAUUGGUGUCAAUCCUGAUAUACAAAAAAGAUUGCAAAAGGAAAUAGACGAAGUCAUUGAAAAAACUAAUGGAAAUCCAACUUACGAAUCUUUAAACAACAUGCAAUAUUUGGAUGCAGUUAUAAACGAAUCCCUCAGGAGAUAUCCAAUCGUAGUAUUUCUCGAUAGAAUGUCAAUUGAUAGUUACGAACUACCACCAACAUUACCUGGUAGCAAACCUUACACAUUGAAAAAAAAUACUAACGUUUGGUUCCCAGUUUAUGGUCUUCAUCACGAUCCCAAAUAUUUCGAAGAUCCUUUCACAUUCAAUCCAGAAAGAUUCAUGGAAAAUGGUAAAGAAAUUAUCAACUCUGGUGUUUAUUUGCCAUUCGGAUUGGGACCUAGAAUGUGCAUUGGUAAUAGAUUCGCAUUAAUGGAAAUGAAAGUAUUAAUUUUCCAUUUAUUGGCAAGGUGUAAUUUAAAACCAUGCUCGAAAACAUUGAAUCCAAUGAGAUUAUCCAAAAAGGGUAUAAGCAUGACCGCUGAAAAUGGUUUUUGGAUGACUUUGGAGGAAAGAAAUAAUAUUCAUCCAGCACUUAACAAUUGUCAAAAUAGUAGUAAUACUGUUGAUAAUAAAUCUUCUAAUGAAAUUAGCAAUGGUCAUGCUGUUAAAGCUUAAAGACGUAAUCAAAAUUAAAAAAUUAAAAAUGAGAUAACAAAAGUUCCAUUGUAUUAUCAUAAAUUCGUAUAACAUUAUAAUACAUUCAAUUUCACAUACAUGGACUAACGAUUAGUUGAAAAUUUGUAAACAUUUAUUUGAUUCCAAUAAAAUAUACUUCUUACAAA